AUGACUCUCAGCAAUAUUCAGAACAUUGUUCACAGCAACAACAACAUGAUCUCCCAAAUUUUUGCCUUAUCCUGCUUUGCAGUCGCCGUAAACGCUGGUUUAAUAGGCCUUGAUGGAGGUAUUGGUUUAGGAGGAGGAAUUGGUUUGGGAGGAGGAAUUGGAUUGGGAGGAGUCGGUAUUGGUCAUGGAGUAGCUGUAGCCAAACAAGUCGUUGUAGAUGUACAUACCCCACCCAAAUACGAGUUCAAAUAUGGAGUAGCCGAUGGCCAUUCAGGCGACAACAAACAACAAUCCGAAGUACGUGUUGGUGAUGUGGUAAAGGGAGAAUACUCCCUCCAGGAACCUGAUGGUACCAUCCGUGUCGUAAAAUACACCGCUGAUGACCACAACGGUUUCAACGCUGUCGUCAUAAGAAAAGGACACGCUGUUCACCCGCAAGUUAUCUCCAAAGUCGUACCAGUCGCCACUCAUGGAGUCGGUAUCGGUCUUGGAGGACUUGGAGGACUUGGAGGAAUUGGACUUGGAGGACAUGGUUUAAUUGGUUAG